AUGUCUCCUUUGAUGUAUGCCAUCAACAUUGCCACACAAGAGACGUGUCAUCUGGAUGAUGUUGUCGCAUUCCUUAUAAAGAAAGGAGCAGGUGUGAAUAUUAAGGAUAACGAAGGAACAACUCCACUUAUGAGUACAAUUAAAAGAUUCGGGUCCACAACUAUAGUUAAACUGUUACUUGAACACGACGCUUUAGUGGAUGAAACCGACGAAAAUGGAAAAACAUCUUUGAUGCAUGCCAUUGAAAUGAAUCGUAAUAUUAACAUCAUUAAGCUUUUGCUGCAAUACAAAUCAGACGUAUGUACAUGUGACAACAAUGGAAUGACACCCCUGGCUUUUGCAACAAGCAUAUUCAACGAUGGAAUACUUGGUGUUGUGAAACUACUUACAACUUAUCAGAGUGAGGUCAAUUCGGCAGAUAUCAACGGAAAUACGUGUCUUAUGUUGGCAAUUCAAGCGACAAAGAAAGCAGACUCAAAAGGAAGAAUUCAUAUGUUUAGCACAUUGAAGCAUCUCAAAGAAGUUGGGGCGGAUGUUAACCUUAAAAACAAAAAGGGACAAACGGCAUGGAAUAUUGCUAAAGAUUGUGCGCUUUUGGCAGAUUUGGAAAACGUGAUAAAUCUCCAGCCUGAACAUGUGACAUCCGAUAUCAUACAAGAGGACAUCUCAAAAAUUAAACCUGGCCUUUUUGAUGAGGAGGCUGUGGAGAAGAUUUUAAGUUUCACAGAUGUGAAGUCAUUUGGGAGAGAAUAUUGCUUUUCAACAAAGUCUUCCCGACUUGUGAUACGACUGAAAGAUACACUAGAGACAAAAACUACGAAAGAGAGCCUAAAGAAAAUGUUAGGAGGAGAGUAUGACUUUGAAUUUGAUGAAUAUAAGGAAUCCAAAAUUCAACUUGGUUGUUGGUCAGAUGGCUUCAUAACAGAUCAUAUUUAUUCUAGAAAAGAAGGCACAAUAGGCUUAUGUAUCAAUGUAGGGAAAGAAGGUAACUUUGAUUUUUAUGCCCUUACAUGCCAACAUGUUGUGUCAGAGAGGAAAAUCAAUGAUGAGGUACACACUAAGUCUAUCGAGGGGCAGGUAAGGGUUUUGGGUCGCCUUGUGUAUUGUAUUGGUUUGACUGACGAAGGUCACGUCGGUAAAUAUGAUAUCGCAAUGAUCAAAUUAUCAAAAGAGGUUGUCAAGGACCUUAAAAGUAACAACUGUAUUUGUGAAAUCAAAUGUUUAUGCAAAUCAGAUAUGCAAUUGCUCAACACGAUAAAUCAACAAGUACGUGUCACAAAGAUUGGUCAAUCAACGCAAUUAACAAGUGGUACGAUAGUCGGUUUUCAACAUUUGAAAACUGCUAACAUUACUGUUGGAAGACAAGAGCAUAACAAUUUCAAACUGCGAAAUGUGAUGCAAUUCAUGGGUGAAGAUGUACAUGGUCGUAUUUCUAAUUCGAAGUUCUUCGAUGCAGGUGAUAGUGGAUCGGUAGCCAUUGCUUGGAAGGAUGGUAAUGUUAAUUGUGAAAAGGGCGUAGUUGCGAUGCUAUUUGGGUCUGAUUCUGAAACAAGGGAAUGCUAUGGUUUUUGUCUGGCAUGUGCCCUAGAGGAAAUAAGUGAAAGCAACGGCUCACCAUUUGAUGUGAACCAAAUACAAGUUACGUGUCAAGGUGUUCUAUGUAGAGAAACUCCUAUGGACUUGCAAUAAUGCAUGAG